UCUCUCGUGCAUGCCACUGCCUGACUGCUCACGUUUCACUACCGGACUUUAUUUGUUGCAAAAUCCAGAAAUUAUAUCUGUUCAGUGUAUUAUUGAAGGCAUUCAUUUCUUUCGCCUUUAACUUUUGUCUUGUCUUCAAGUUAUGAGGUCUGCCUUUGGAACUGAUUUUCAAGGUGGUAGUGGAAAAAAGAAGAAAAAGAAGGAUAAGGCAAAGAAAGCGGCGAAAAAAGCUAAACUGAAGCAGUUUCAAAAAUCCGGAGCUGACAAAUUCAAAUUCAAAAAGAAUAAGAAUUUUAUUCCUGGGAAAGCAGGUCCUGUCGCCAAACAGUCAGAAUUGCGCAAGCUGUUAAAAGAAAAGAAAGAACUGGUCAAUCAGUCACCCCAAGAUGAUUCUAAUUUAAGUAAGACGCAGAGAAAGAAAUUGGAAAGAAUAGAAAGGCUUAAAAAUAAGAAGCAAAAUAAAAGUAAUCCCAGUAGUUUAACAGGAAGUAAAAAGUCAAAGCCUCUUACGGUCAAAGAUCAAAAACUUGCUGACAAAGAGACAUUCGAGAGUGAUAUCAUUGAGGUUUCAAACUGCAGCAGCCUCCAGUUCCAAGGAGAAAAACCUGCCACAAUCGUGAAAAAGAAAAGCGGAAAGUAUGAUAACGAAGUUCUGGGAAGUGGUCUCAUCAAACCUAAUUGGCAUGAAAUUAAACUUGUCCCUUUCACCAAAAACUUUUUUCAACCCUUAGAAAGUUAUUUAGAACGGUCUCAUGACGAAAUUAAAUUGUACAGAAGAACUAAUGAAAUUACUGUUAGCCACGAAGACGCCCCCGGUCCUCUAAUCAGCUUCACUGAAGCAAAAUUCCCCAAACAUGUCUUAAGACAACUUGAGCAAAAUGACAUUGUGUCACCAACGCCAAUUCAAGCUCAAGGCUGGCCAAUAGCCUUAAGAGGAGAUAAUUUAGUCGGCAUCGCACAGACUGGAUCAGGAAAAACUCUUGCUUACCUCCUACCUGCAGCUAUUCAUAUAUCUCACCAGAAAGCCCUGGAAUAUGGAGAGGGACCUAUUGCUCUAGUCAUGGCGCCCACACGUGAGCUAGCUCAGCAAAUACAACAAGUGAUUAAAGAAUAUUUCAAAGCUACAAACUUACGCUCAGCAUGCAUUUAUGGUGGAGCAGCUAGAGGACAUCAGGCAGCAGAACUAAGAAAUGGAGUUGAAAUUGUGAUAGCAACACCAGGUCGAUUACUAGACUUUUUAUCGGAGAGAGUGACAAACCUUCGAAGAACAACAUUUGUAGUUCUGGAUGAGGCUGACAGAAUGUUGGACAUGGGAUUUGAACCUCAAAUUAGGAAUGUCUUAAAUCAAGUCCGGCCCGAUAGGCAAAUCUUAAUGUGGUCAGCUACCUGGCCAAGGGAAGUCGAAAGAUUAGCUAAAGAUUUCCUGAAGGAAUACAUUCAAAUAAACAUUGGAUCAGAGGACCUCUCAGCGAACCACAACAUCAAACAAAUUGUCGAAUUAUGUGAAGAAAAGGAAAAGGUGCAAAAGCUAAUGGAGCUUUUAAAGGAGAUAAGUCUAGAAUUAGAAACAAAAACAAUAAUUUUUGUUGAAACGAAGCGGAAGGUGGACGAAAUUGAAAAGGCCAUUUGUCGUCGUGGGUAUAAUGCUAAUGGAAUUCAUGGCAAUAAGAAGCAAGUGGAAAGAGACCGAAUUCUAAGAGAAUUCAGAGAAGGAGAAGUUUCAAUCCUUGUUGCCACGGACGUUGCAGCCAGAGGCUUAGAUGUUGAUGAUAUAAAGUUUGUAAUCAAUUUUGAUUUUCCAAAUGUAUCCGAAGAUUAUGUCCAUCGAAUUGGAAGAACUGGACGUUCUGGUCGGACAGGCACAGCAUAUACAUUUUUCACUCGGAAAAAUGCAAAACAAGCACAUGAUCUAAUCUUAAUUUUACAAGAAGCUAAUCAGGAAGUUGAUCCAAAGUUAAUAAGUUUAGCUAGAAGUUGUGCUUAGCUAUUAUUUUAUCGUUUAACUUUUUUAUUGACAAAUCAAAUAAAAUAAAAACCAUAACCUAUUUUAA